AUGCCCCGUCUCGUGCGCCGCGCGCCGCUCGCCGAACGCAUCAAAGCAUACACCGACCCUUCCGACUGGCUCAUCUGGAUCUCGGAAGAACUCAACAGCUCUGACUGGGAAGACUUUGCGUCUUCAUAUUCCCUCUAUAUCGGCUUCGGCGCGAAUCUACUCUUUGUCCUCGCGCAGGCAAAUAGCGGCGCAUCCGCCGCCUCGGAUGAUGACGGUGUUUUCAACGAAGUUGAAGGUCCCGGAUGGCUCAAAUCAACACUGAGUCUGUUGGUCAUGGUUUUGGGUGGAAUAAGCUUCGUAAAUGCAUGGCUCGUUUGGGGAAAGAGACGGUACUACCGCCUGUUUGAACAAAAAGUCGAUGUAGCGCCGCGGACGCCCAGCGCGAAGCGCGUUCGCGUUGACUCAUCUCCAGCUGCUGCGAGUCCCAUGCAGUUUGUGAGAAAUCUGGUACAAAACAAUGCUGCGGACAGGGCGCAUCCCAUUGAGGGCCGAGAUGUCUGGGAGGUCGCGGUUUGGGACCCCAACCCGCUAUGCCUAAAGCUGUUUUGCCUCUUUAGCCCUCUUCAUGUGGUACUCUAUUUCCUCAACCUACCUGUUGGCCCCUUGGAUCCGAGCCCGAGUGUUAGGGUCACAACAACUAUUCUGAUCGGAGCGGUGUUGUCGCUACAGCUGUGGUGGCUACAAAGCUCCUUUUGUCAACAGAUCAAAGACAAUGCUCUGAUCAGUCGCCAAGUGCUUCACGAGUACGAUAGCAAGUUUGUGCACCCGUCGUUGCAGAAGCCAUGUAGGGAUGUGGGCGUCCAGACCAUUUCGAAGAACCGGAAUCUAGAUUCAAGCGUCGGUGUGAAGGGCAGCAGUGAUGACCUGGCGAGCGAGAUUGUUACCUACACGCCCAAGACUGUCAUCAAUCGCACUUUCCGCACAAACCCGAAUGCCAGCUACGCCUCACAGUACGAUCCCGAUAACGCUCGCUCCACCUCGAACACGCCUUCACUUCGCCGACGAGACAGCAACCCACAAUACGCAACCACAUCUACAGGAACUGAUGCUGAUAUCUUUUCUCCUAUCCGUUCCUCGCAACCACCAAACCCCUUCCGCCAAGCCCCCACCAUAUCCCGAAACAACAUUGACACCAAAGUCAACGACGGAGGAUAUCUCGGGAUUAACACACAUGCUGCAUCUCCGCUAAGGAAAUCUACUAGCGCGGCCUUUGGGAGGGAUGGUGAGCGGAGCGCGAAUCGAGGAAGGGAUAGUCUUGGCGGUGCAUUUGAGCGGAGAGCUAGCCCGAGUAAGAAGGACGUUAGUCCAUUGAAGCGGAUUAGUUUAGGUAAUGCGGAGAGGGAACGUAGUGAGCGAUCACUAGGUCAGACGGAUAGACUUGGUAGGAGUACUGGAUUUGGUGGGUUGAACCUAAGUAAGAGAGAGGGUGGACGCUAUUGA